CUAACCUGUACCAACUUCACUCUACUUUAAAAUCAUUUCGUGGGGCAUGGUGUUUUGCAGUUAUAUUUACUAAACAACUAAAUAUGUUGAAGUGUACGCAGCUAUGUAUAAAUUAUUUAAAACCACAAUCAACUUUUCUUUCCAAUCAAACUAAUGUACUAAUACAACAGAGCAGGAAUACAUUUAUCUUAAAAAGAAAAUAUGUACCUCCCCUUUAUAAAAAAUAUGAGACAAGAGCAAAGUUGAAACAUAAACAUUUCAUUUAUGAAUUUGUAGAAAAUACAAAUAACAAAAAACAAAAAGAAAUUGAUGUAAUUUUACUAAAUGCUGUAAAAGAUGUUGGUGAAAUGGGUCAAAAGAUUACAUUACCUUCAGUGAAAGCUUAUGAAAAAUUCAUAUUGCCAAAAUUGGCUGUAUAUGCAACUCCAGAAAAUAUUGAAAAGUAUUUAAUUCAGGAUAUAGAGGAUAGGAAAAAGUUAUGCGCUUACAGUUCUCAAUUUGUAGAAAGAACAAUAUGUGUAUUAUCUCAGUGUUAUUUAAGACUAAGAAUGUCCUUAGAUGUACCAUGGACUAUAGAAAAAUGGCAUCUAAGAGUAUGCUUUCGUAUGCAGGGUUUGAUUGUACCUGAAAAUGCAAUAAUUCUUCCAGAAAAGGCUAUAUCUGGACCUGAUAUAUCUAUAGAAAAUAGAGAAUUUUAUGUGACUGUCAAAAUUAAUGAUCAUGAAAAAGUUAAAGUCAGAUGUAAAAUACAUCAGUAUACUUCUGAUCCAGAAAGAGAAAUUAUAUAUGAUACGCCAUAUUAUCAAUUUGCAAGUAGAGCAAUUUUUCCAGAAGAUCAAGAAAUUUUAAAUUCCCUUCCCAGACAUCGUUUAGCUAAUAAAGAAAUUAGGGAUGAAACUGAAGAAAACACAGAAGACCUAGAAUGAUGCUUAUAGUAUUAUAAAAAAUAAAUGUA